CCGCCCCGGGCGUCCUGUGGGGUCCACGAACCCGCCCAAGACGGCCUAUGAGGCCCCAAUCCGUAGCCAUUUUGGCUCAAGGUCCUCAUGUGCUCCACAGCGCAUAGCUUUCCCAUGCGAGCGACCUUCCAGAUACAAUCAAUCGAGCGAUCUGACUGAUUCAGGGCAGCAUGCCAACGAUUGCUCUGCGAUUGGUUGCCUGUGUUGCCCAGCUGUCGAGAAUGGCCGCUGAUGUAACCUGCUUUGGCGGCAAUGGCAAUUUUAUUCAAGACCAGUGGCCUUUCUGUAAGAAGGUGCACGACGAUGUAUUGAUUUAUUAUGGGCCCAGUGCGGAGGGAAGCUUCCUGAAGCUCGGACUUUACGCUGCUGGGCACAGUGGUUGGAGUGCGUUGGCGUUUGCUGGCAACGGCGGCAUGAAAGGGGCCCAGCAAUUUGUAGUGCGGCAGGAAGGCGGCACUUGGAUAGCCGAGGAGCGCUACUCCACAGACUACGCACCUCCACAAAUGCAGGAAACGCAGGACCUGACAUUGAUCUUCGCCAGCGAGGAGAAAGGCGGAACUGCAUGGGGUUUGCUACUGCCUCGGAUCUCCUGCGGUGCUGGCGACAGGUACCCCGUUGAAGAUGUGAGCCGCUGGAUGCACUGGGCACUGGGUAGCUCCCACAGCUUCGCAUACCACAGCAGUAAGCGUGGCCAGUUUCAUGUCAACUUGCUCUCAGGGCCUUCGACGCUUCCGGAUCUGCCCAGCUUGGAGGAAGUGGACGUGCUGAUGCCAGAUGUCGACGUGGUGCUCGGGAAGGGAGGCAAUGAUCCUACGAACCCUUAUAUUUGUGGUAUCUUCGAUCUCGCACAACUUUUGCCAGCUAACAGGAGUGUCUUGGAUAAGCACCACGUCGUCAAGUUUGUGCCGAAGUUAUCCGCGAGCAGCGAACAGUAUGUCCAUCACAUGAUAUUGUAUAGUUGUGACAGUGCUGCCGCUGCCUUAUACGAUAAGUAUGUAUCACACAAUCAGGUGAUCGGUGAUUGCAGAAGCAUGCCGCCAGCUUGCAACGCAUUGAAAUGGGCCUGGGCCGUUGGGAGCGAAGACGUUGUACUCCCUGCAGACGUGGGCAUGCCGUUUGGUCAGAACGUGCGCUGGUUGGCACUGCAGAUGCACUAUCACAACCCGUUGCUGGUCGCAGGCGUCAAGGACAGCAGCGGCGUCAUGAUGAUUUUCAGCGAUUCUCUCCGCACCCACGACGCUGCAGUCUUCGACCUCAACGGGGGCACCAGCCCGAAUCAUCGCAAUCCAUUGCCAGCCGGCCAGGCAGAUAUCACUCUGAGCACCGUUACCGUCCCAGAGCAGUGCACGAACGCUUGGGACGUACCCAGUAUCAACGUGCUGGGUGUGCUUUACCAUGGCCAUCUCGUCGGCAAGAGCUUCGGUAUUGAUAUCACCAGCAGCGCAGACGGAAGCUAUCGUGGGACGCUCCGUCAGGAGAAGAGGUACGAUUUCAACCACCAGAACUUUGAACCGCCCUUGUUGAACACUAUUUCUAGAGGAGACGAGCUAACGCUUACAUGCAAGUAUGAUACGUCCUCGAGAACAGAGCCUACUGAGUUCGGGGAUGCAACGAAAAAUGAGAUGUGCUGGGGUGCCUUCAUGUAUUAUCCUGCUCAGAUGAUGACAGGUGCAAUGAUCGAUAAGGGGAGCGUCCUAACAACCCUUAUGGGGAAAAAAAGUAUACGAUGUGCGGGGGUGGGCCAGCUGUCGUAUACAGCGCCAGUGGUGGCUCCGCCUGCGUGCAUGCAACUGGGCGAUUUGAGUUCAGUUCGCGCCAGCAAUAUUUUAAGCACCAUGACGGCCGACCUCCCGGCGACCUGGAUUUCAAAAUAUACAACGACCACGACGAUGAGGAAGACACCAGACUUGCGGGCCAGUUUAACGUCGUCACCAGCUCCGACGUGCUCAUGCGUACUUUCUGUGAUCGGCGCGUUUGUUCUGCAUGGCCUUCUACAUGCAUCCACAAUGUAGUUUGCCAUUUGCCGGUAGACGUUAGCCGCUGUGAAUUGUAGCAUUCCUGACUUGGUGCUUGUUCUCGCAGAACGGACCGCAGACGCCCCAACGGUGUUCCAACGAGCUCCCCAGCAGUGCUUACACUUAUGGCGGUCCGCGACAGCUACGGAGCCCUGUAGGGGCGACGUGCUGGACAGGACCUCCGACUGCUGGCUCAUGGACUUCGAGCUCCGCGUCGAGGUCCUCUACUGACAAAUGCUUUCGUUUUCCUCGUGCGCAGUCGUGGUCGUGCAGACCCGUCUGCGUGUUGUUCUGGUGUGCAGGUAGCCGGAUAGCCGCUGCUGAUUUUCUUGCGACGCACGGACCGCGCACCGCUCGUCGUUUUCAGCGAGCGUUUUCCUGCGAUCCACGUCUGGGCAGCAGCGCAUCCUUAUUGUGGGCGUCCGUUCGUCUCGUGCUCGGCAGGUUCUUUUCCAUUGAUCUGGGCGAACCCACAAUCACUCGAUCUGGCUGCAUGAGCGUUGCGCGACCGCGACGCACCAUCUCCGUGCGAAGUAGUGUGCGUGCGCGGCUCAUCCGUGCUCUGAGGCUGGACCUUGGCCUCGAGGCGGACAGGAUCUAAAAAAAAAGACGGCCUAUGAGGCCCCAAAGAC